UCCAAAAGUUGUUUCCCCCCAUUGUCAUGGAUAAUUUCUCAAUUCUCCAUGAAAGAGGACAGGCCAUAACAAAACGUUGGUAGAAAUCAACAGCUCCUGGGACUUAAGGACUGAGUUUGUUUUCAUCUCAAUCUUGAAUACUUAGCACAAUUACUGCGUUGGUGCUGAAUAAAGGUUUGCCAAACGAUUUUAUUUUUAAUCCUGGAACGGACGCUAAGAGUCCAUAGUUGAUUUCUGGGCAUGCAACUCUUUAUGUCCGUAUUAAAAAUUAUGCAUUACGUAUUUUUUAUGAAUCAUGUAUUAUUUCUGCAUGAAGAGCCAAGAACUCACAUCAAAGUUGUAACACCGUGAGAAACAAGUAGGAAAGGACAGCCUUGGGCAAUUUUGCAAAUGCCUGUUUUUCCAUUUGAAUGAAACAGCAGACGUUUUGGGAGGGGAGAUGCCCCUUUCAAUCCUGGGCACCCUCACGACCAGGCAGCGAGACGAGCGUCGGCGCCCCUGUUCACAGACGGGGCCCGGCACACCCAGGCGCCGUCAUUGCUACGGAGUACGCCACGCGGACCGAGGACUGGGCUCACGGCCCAAGUAAGGAGCCAGUACGCAAAGUGCGCUCGAUCCUCGCUCAGAGACGAGAUCCACCCUCAUCGGUCAACCACUUGCGACGGGCACCGCUGCUUCGGGAGGCUAACAGGAGUCGCGCUGGCAGCUACCGGCGUCCUCCGCAGCCUGGCACGGAGCGCCCCGGCCUAGCCGGAGCGUCCCCGCGCGUGCGCGCAGCACCCCCGUGACGUCACGGCCCGCGCUGCGGCUGCGCCGGCGCCGGAUUUGAGGAGUCGGGCGUCUCCCGGCCUCAGCGGCGAGUGCGUCUGCGCUCGGAGCAGCUGGCGGAACCGGCUCCCGGUGCUGCGGCUUCCGGUCUGGUGACCUCACCUGCGGCUCGGCUGGCGUUAAACCAGAGGAUUCACCAUCACUUCUAUGGCUGCCACACAGACUUCACAAACUGUUGCAUCUCACGUUCCUUUUGCAGAUUUGUGUUCAACUUUAGAACGAAUACAGAGAAGUAAAGGACGUGAAGAAAAAACCAGACACUUCAGAGAAUUUUUAGAUUCUUGGAGAAGAUUUCAUGAUGCCCUUCAUAAGAACCAAAAAGAUGUCAGAGACUCUUUUUAUCCAGCAAUGAGACUUAUUCUUCCUCAGCUAGAAAGAGAGAGAAUGGCCUAUGGAAUCAAAGAAACUAUGCUUGCUAAACUUUAUAUCGAAUUGCUUAAUUUACCUAAAGAAGGAAAAGACGCCCUUAAACUUUUAAAUUACAGAACACCCACUGGAACUCGUGGAGAUGCUGGGGACUUUGCAACAAUUGCGUAUUUUGUGUUGAAACCAAGAUGUUUGCAGAAAGGAAGUUUAACCAUACAGCAAGUAAAUGACAUUUUAGACUCAAUUGCCAGCAAUAAUUCUGCCAGAAAAAAGGACCUAAUAAAGAAAAGUCUUCUUCAGCUAAUAACUCAGAGUUCGGCACUGGAACAAAAGUGGCUUAUACGGAUGAUUGUAAAGGACUUAAAACUUGGUUUUAGUGAGCAAUCUGUAUUCUCUGCUUUCCAUAAUGAUGCUGCAGAGUUGCAUAAUGUCACUACAGAUCUGGAAAAAGUCUGUAGGCAACUGCAUGAUCCUUCCAUAGGACUCAGUGAUAUUUCUAUCACUUUAUUCUCUGCCUUUAAACCUAUGCUGGCUGCUAUAGCAGAUAUUGAGCGAAUAGAGAAGGACAUGAAACACCAGAGUUUCUACAUUGAAACCAAGCUAGAUGGUGAGCGUAUGCAAAUGCACAAAGACGGGGAUGUGUAUCAGUAUUUCUCCCGAAAUGGAUUUAACUAUACGGAUCAGUUCGGCGAUUCUCCACGGGAAGGUUCUCUUACACCGUUCAUUCACAGUGCAUUCAAAACAGAUGUACAGAUCUGUAUCCUGGAUGGUGAGAUGAUGGCCUUCAACCCUAAUACACAAACUUUUAUGCAAAAGGGGAAUAAGUUUGAUAUCAAAAGAAUGGUGGAGGAUUCUGAUCUGCAGACCUGUUAUUGUGUUUUUGAUGUACUGAUGGUUAAUAAUAAAAAGCUGGGACGUGAAACCCUGAAAAAGAGGUAUGAAAUUCUUACUAGUGUUUUUACGCCAAUACCAGGUAGAAUAGAAAUAGUGCAAAAAGCACAGGCUCAUACUAAGAAAGAAGUAAUCGAUGCUUUGAAUGAAGCAAUAGAUAAAAGAGAAGAGGGAAUCAUGAUAAAACAUCCUCUAUCUAUUUACAAGCCAGACAAAAGAGGUGAAGGAUGGUUAAAAAUUAAGCCUGAGUACGUAGAUGGGCUGAUGGAUGAACUGGACAUCUUAAUUGUUGGGGGCUAUUGGGGCAAAGGUUCACGAGGUGGAAUGAUGUCUCAUUUUUUGUGUGCUGUAGCAGAGAAGCCUCCUCCUGGUGAAAAACCGUCAGUGUUUCAUACUCUGUGCCGUGUUGGUUCAGGUUAUACUAUGAAAGAACUGUAUGAUCUGGGUUUAAAAUUGGCCAAACAUUGGAAGCCUUUCCAUAAAAAAGCUCUACCAAGCAGCAUUUUAUGUGGAACAGAGAAGCCAGAAGUAUACAUUGAGCCUUGUAAUUCUGUCAUUGUUCAAGUUAAGGCGACAGAGAUUGUCUCCAGUGAUAUGUAUAAAACUGGCUGCACAUUGCGUUUUCCACGGAUUGAAAAGAUAAGGGAAGACAAGGAGUGGCAUGAAUGUACUACUGUGGAUGACUUAGAGCAACUUCGAGGGAAAGCAUCUGGAAAGCUUGCAUCUAAACACCUUGACAUAGGUGGUGAUGAUGAACCACAAGAAAAGAAGCGGAAAGCUGUGCCAAAGAUUAAGAAAAUUAUUGGAAUUAUCGAGCACUUGAAAGCACCCAACCUUUCUAAUAUAAAUAAGGUUUCUAAUAUAUUUGAAGAUGUGGAGUUUUGUGUUAUGAGUGGAACAGACAGCCAUCCAAAGCCUGACCUGGAGAACAGAAUUGCAGAAUUUGGUGGUUAUAUAGUACAAAACCCAGGCCCAGACACGUACUGCGUGAUUGCAGGAUCGGAGAACAUCAGAGUGAAAAACAUCAUUUCUUCAAAUAAACAUGAUGUUGUCAAGCCUGAGUGGCUGUUAGAGUGUUUUAAGACCAAAAGCUGUGUGCCGUGGCAGCCUCGCUUUAUGAUUCACAUGUGCCCAUCGACAAAAGAACAUUUUGCCCGUGAAUAUGAUUGUUACGGUGACAGUUAUUUUGUUGAUAUAGAUUUGAACCAACUGAAGGAAGUGUUCUCAGGAAUUAAAAAUUCUAGCAAACAAACUCCAAGAGAAAUGGCUUCUCUGAUUGCUGAUUUAGAAUAUCGGUAUUCCUGGGACCGCUCCCCACUCUGUCUGUUCCGACAUUGUAUUGUUUAUCUGGACUUGUAUGCUGUUAUUAAUGACUUGAGUACCAAAAUCGAGGGAACAAGAUUAGCAAUUACAGCUUUGGAGCUUCGAUUUCAUGGAGCAAAAGUAGUUUCUUGCUUAGCUCAGGGAGUGUCUCAUGUAAUCAUUGGGGAGGAUCAUAGUCGUGUUGCAGUUUUAAAAUCUUUUCGAAGAACUCUUAAGAGAAAGUUUAAAAUCCUGCAACAAGAUUGGGUAACUGAGUCAAUAGACAAGUGUGAGUUGCAGGAGGAAAAUCAAUAUUUGGUUUAAAGCUAGCUUUUCUAGUGAGGAAAGCCUGUGAUCUGGUGGCCACAUUGUAACAUGUGGUCAUAAUAAAAUAUCAAACUAUAUUUUUAUCCCUUAAAAUUAAGCUUAAAUAUAUUAGAUAUAGAAAAACAAUAAUUUUAACUUUUGAGAUAAGACACUGAAUGGACCAAAGCCAAGGAAAAAAAUUCAUUUUAACAGUGUAGUAUUUAAUGACUUUUAAAACCAAGAUGAGGGACACCUGGAUGGCUUAGUGGUUGAUCAUCUGCCUUUGGCUCAGAUCCUAUCCCAGGGGCCUGGGAUCGAGUUCCACAUCGCGCUCCCCACAGGGAGCCUGCUUCUCUCUCUGCCUAUGUCUCUGCCUCUCUCUCUCUCUGUGUCUCUCAUGAAUAAAUAAAUAAAAUCUUUUUUAAAAAAAGGUUUUUUUAAAUAAAUAAAACCAAGAUGAAAUAAACAGCUUAAAAAAGAGGCAUUUAUAUAAUAUCCCUACUGAAAUCUAGAAUUCUGACCCAAAUAUUAAUAAAAUACAUUCAGAAGCUUUUAGAAUCAUUAAAAGCAUUGAUCUAAGUGGAUUUUCUGAAGUAAAAUUUUAAUAGUUUUUAUCUAAUAAAAGCAUUGCAAGAAAAAAGAAUUGUUACAAUCGGACAUAUAUUAUGUCUUUUAAACUGAAGGUGGAAAUAUAAAAUGUGAAAUGUAAACAAAUUUUUAAAGUUAAGGACAACCUCGGGAAUAAAACCUCAUUAAAAAAACUUGUUAAUGGCAUCAUUAGGUAAAUUAGGAGAAAUAAAAGUAGAUGAAUUUAAUUAAAAGAAACUUGCAGUUUUAAAAAUACUUGACCCACAUUUAUUUUUUUUUUCAAAACUAGAGCAUGUUUUAAAGAGAAUGUUUUUAGGGGAACUGUACACCAGGAUAAACAGUAUUCACAGAGAGUGGUUUUCCUAGAUGUAAUCCAUUGAGUACAUGUCAAAAUGGCAUAUGUCUCGUGACUUCCAUUACAUAAGGGUAAACUGCUUUGACUAUUUAAAAUGAUUUUUAUCCUUAGGUUAUUUAAAUUCAGUAUGUAUAAUAUGUAUUACAUUUGGAUUUAUAUACCAAAUUUUGGAAUACAGUCUAUUCAUUUUGAAAAAUAUGUUUUCAUGACACCUUUGCAAUAUUUGAAAUAUGGUACCUGAGGAAAUGUUAUUAUUUAUUUGUAAGUAAUUUGAAAUUUUAUCGAAAC